AUGGCACUGGCGCUGGACUCGACGUGGGUUCGGGUGAAGAAUGUGUGCAAGCAGAAUGGGCUCCUCAUCCUCUCUGUGCUGGCCGUUGUCAUCGGGUGUCUCCUGGGCUUCUUCCUUCGUGCUAAACACCUCUCUGAGCAGGAGGUGAAAUAUUUCCAAUUCCCAGGUGAGCUGCUAAUGAGGAUGCUGAAGAUGCUUAUUCUGCCUCUCGUCGUGUCCAGUCUGAUGUCUGGUCUGGCUGCUUUGGAUGCCAAGUGUUCCAGUCGCCUGGGCAUCAUGACCAUCUCAUACUACCUGUGGACCACCUUUGUGGCAGUGGUGGUGGGCAUCAUCAUGGUUAUCAUCAUACAUCCAGGAGGUGCAGCACAGAAGGAGGACUCAGAGGACAGUGGCAAGCCCAUUAUGAGCUCUGCCGAUGCUUUGCUUGACCUUAUCCGCAACAUGUUCCCAGCAAACUUAGUUCAAGCUACUUUUCAGCAGUAUCGAACCAGGAGUAUCCCCAUCCUGAAGUCUCCUAAGCCCACCAUCAGCCAGGACCCAACAGAGACCGCUACUCGGCGAGUCUUCGUUUAUGGCAUUCAGGAUGACAAUGGCACAGACAUUCAGAAUUUCUCCUUGGAUCUGACACCUCCCCCAGAUGUCAUUUUCCGUACGCUCCCUGGAACUAGCGAGGGCAUGAAUGUGUUAGGCAUUGUCAUCUUCUCAGCGACUAUGGGUAUAAUGCUUGGCAGAAUGGGGCCAAAUGGCAGUGCUUUGGUCAACUUCUGUCAGAGUUUGAAUGAAGCUGUCCUGAAGAUUGUUGCCAUUGUCAUCUGGUACUUUCCAUUUGGCAUUGUGUUCUUGGUUGCGGGGAAGAUACUAGAGAUGGAUGAUCCUUCAGCUAUGGGAAAGAAGCUGGGCUUCUAUGCAGUCACUGUUGUGAUGGGUUUGGUACUGCAUGGUCUUUUCAUCCUGCCUGCCAUGUACUUCUUCAUCACCAAGAAGAGUCCCAUUGUCUAUAUUCGUGGUAUCCUGCAAGCCCUGCUCAUCUCACUGGCCACCUCCUCCAGCUCUGCCACACUGCCUAUCACCUUCAAGUGCCUCCUGGAGAACAACCACAUUGACAGACGAAUCAUUCGCUUUGUGCUGCCUGUUGGAGCUACCAUCAAUAUGGACGGCACAGCACUGUACGAGGCAGUGGCCGCCAUCUUCAUUGCACAAGUCAAUAACUACGAGCUGGACUUUGGGCAGAUUAUCACCAUAAGUAUCACAGCAACUGCAGCAAGUAUUGGUGCCGCAGGAAUACCUCAAGCUGGACUGGUCACCAUGGUGAUUGUGUUAACAUCUGUAGGACUGCCAACCGACGACAUCACUCUUAUCAUUGCUGUGGACUGGGCAUUGGACAGGUUUCGGACCAUGGUAAAUGUAAUGGGUGAUGCCCUUGCCACUGGCAUCAUGGCACACAUCUGCAGAAAAGACUUUGUCAAAGAAGGAGAAGAGGUUCCCCUGAUCUGUGAAACCAAACCCUUAAUAAGCAUUCAGCAAAUGAUGACCUACCAGAAGAAUGGGCGUUUCCAACCCCCACCAGGGGUAAAGCCAGACCACAUCCCACCCGAAGUGGCACGACUCAUUCAGUUGGAGGAAGGUGUUCGGCCAGCCGAGAAGAAGAAGUCCCCAUCUCACAAGAGGGUCGACAGGGACCACUGCUCCAUUGACAUGAAUGGCCUGGAGACUAACGUAUAG